AUGGCAUUAUAUGUCAAAGAAAAUAGCUCUUUUCAAGCCACACCCUUUGAAAGUUAUCUUCAACAACCUAAAAAGACUACUACUUGUAGUAAAGAUAAAGUUGAUAACAACACUUUUGACAAUAGUCAUGAUAAUAUUAUGAAAUUUGAAGAUAAAUAUAUUCCUAAUAAUCUAUCCCUUACUAUGACUAGAUCACGUAUUAAUUGUGAAGUUUUGGAUAACGAUUUACAUGAAUUAAAAAAUAGAAGUAAUACUGAUAUAACUAAUAACAAAUCAGAAACUCCCUCAUUUACCUUUUGUACAGGAUCUAAUAAUCAAUAUAAUGAUAGUACAUCCAAAAAAAGCCAUAGAGUUAGAAAAUUAGGACAUAUUUCAAAACAAAGUCAAUUUUUAUUAUUAAAUAUUGGUGGUCAACAAUUUAGAAUUAAAACAAAUACAAUAAAAUAUCGAUGUCCAGUAAGUCUUUUAGGAGUAUUUUGUGAUAUGACACAUGAAGAACGUCUAACACAAUGUGAUGGUUAUAUUGAAGAAACUGAUGAAUAUUAUUUUGAACGGUGUGGUCGAUUAUUUGAACCAAUAUUUGAUUUUUUUACAACGGGUCACUUUCACAAACCAACAGAUAUUUGUGAGGAACGAGUUUUAAUGGAAAUAGAUUUUUGGAAAAUACAAAAAACAUACUUUGCUCCAUGUUGUAUGGGAAGUAAUGAAAAAUUUGUAGAAUAUGAGGGUAUUGAUGAAUUUGAUGAUGAUUUUAAUAAUCCAUAUUCUGGGAGAGAUAAAGGUUGGUAUAAUAGUUUUAGAAAAAAAUUAUACCGUAUUUGUGAGGAACCAACAUCAAGUAGAGUGGCACAAAUAUUUGGUAUAACAUCAAUUGGAAUGGUAAUUAUUUCAGUUUCUGCAAUGAUUGUUGCUAGUAUGCCUGAAUUUCAAAGACAUAUUAAUGGUACAAAUAAUUCAAUGGCAUUUAAUGGUGAAGGUGAUCCUAUAUUAUUUUUAGAAAUUAUAGAAUGGAUUUGUAUGAUAUGGUUUACAGUUGAAUAUAUUUUAAGAAUUUUGGUUGCACCAAAAAAAUUUAAAUUUAUUAUCUCUCCACUCAAUUUGAUUGAUAUUUUUACUAUUGUUCCAUUUUAUCUUGAAGUUAUACUAUCAUACGGAGAACAUCUAGCGACAAUCAACGAUUUGUCUUCAAUGCCUAACUAUGCUGUUUCUACGAUUGUUGAUUUGAAAGCACUUGCUUUGGUUCUUAGAGCUGUACGUGUUAUGAGAGUAACGAGAGUUUUUAAAUUAGCAAGAUAUUCAAGUGGAUUAAAAAGUUUUGGAUUAACUGUUAGAACAAGUCUUCCUGAAUUAUCAAUGUUGGGUUUGUUUCUUUUAACAACAGUUAUCUUUUUUUCAACAUUAAUGUAUUUUGCCGAAAAAGAUGAACCAAACACCAAAUUUAAAUCUAUUCCUGCUGCAUCAUGGUGGUGUAUAAUUACAAUGACAACAGUAGGCUAUGGUGACAGUCUCCCUACAACAGCAUUUGGUAAAUUCAUAGCAUCAGGAGCAAGUAUAGGAGGAGUUUUAGUAUUAGCAUUUCCAAUAACUAUGAUAGUUGAAAAUUUUUCUAAGAAUUAUGCAAGUGAGACAAAUGACUUUCAAAAAGUAAGAAUUAGAAGAAGAAUGGCAAAAGCUUAUGGAUAG